GACUGGCCCGCGGGAAGCACAUGGAUUACAGUCUGAGGCUGUAAUGGGAAAGUCGGUUCCUGGGCUGCUGUCUCAUACACAUCAGCCUGCGGGGACGCUGGGGGCUCUCCCGGCUGGGGCCCCUCCUGCUGUGUGACUUGCAGGCAGUUGGUGAGAGAAGCUGCUGCUCCCAUUUCUUCAGCCUUAUAUAUCUCCAACUGUCGAGACUGUUUAGAUUAAGGACUUCCUUAUGAAAAACUGUCUUUUGGACCUUGAGUGUGAUGUAAGUAACUGAACAGGGAAAUGAAGAACUGAUAUUUCAAAUGACAAACAUGCUGCAAAAGUCUGACAGCAAUGCCAGUUUCCUUCGUGCUGCCAGAGCAGGCAACCUGGACAAAGUUGUGGAGUAUCUGAAGGGGGGCAUCGACAUCAACACCUGCAAUCAGAAUGGACUCAAUGCUCUCCAUCUGGCGGCCAAGGAAGGCCACGUGGGACUGGUACAGGAGCUGCUGGGAAGAGGGUCCUCUGUGGAUUCUGCCACUAAGAAGGGGAAUACUGCUCUCCACAUUGCAUCCCUGGCUGGACAAGCUGAGGUCGUCAAAGUUCUUGUUAAGGAGGGAGCCAAUAUCAAUGCACAGUCUCAGAAUGGCUUCACUCCUUUAUACAUGGCUGCCCAAGAAAACCACAUUGAUGUUGUAAAAUACUUGUUGGAAAAUGGAGCUAAUCAGAGCACUGCUACAGAGGAUGGCUUUACUCCUCUAGCUGUGGCACUCCAGCAGGGACACAACCAGGCAGUGGCCAUCCUCCUGGAGAAUGACACCAAAGGGAAAGUAAGGCUGCCAGCUCUGCAUAUUGCGGCGAGGAAAGAUGACACCAAGUCAGCUGCUCUCCUGCUGCAGAACGACCACAAUGCUGACGUGCAGUCCAAGAUGAUGGUGAAUAGGACCACCGAGAGUGGCUUUACCCCUUUGCACAUAGCUGCCCACUAUGGAAAUGUCAAUGUGGCAACACUUCUUCUUAACCGGGGAGCUGCUGUGGACUUCACAGCCAGGAAUGGAAUUACUCCCCUGCAUGUGGCUUCAAAAAGGGGAAACACCAACAUGGUGAAGCUCUUACUGGAUCGAGGUGGUCAGAUUGAUGCCAAAACUAGGGACGGGUUAACUCCACUGCACUGUGCUGCACGCAGCGGGCAUGACCAAGUGGUGGAACUUCUCCUGGAACGUGGUGCUCCUUUGCUGGCAAGAACUAAGAAUGGGCUAUCUCCACUUCACAUGGCUGCACAGGGGGACCACGUGGAAUGCGUGAAGCACCUGUUACGUCACAAGGCACCUGUCGAUGACGUCACCUUGGAUUACCUGACGGCCCUUCAUGUUGCUGCACACUGUGGCCACUAUCGUGUAACCAAGCUCCUUCUGGACAAGAGAGCCAACCCAAAUGCCAGAGCCCUGAAUGGUUUUACUCCACUGCACAUUGCCUGCAAGAAAAACCGCAUCAAAGUCAUGGAACUGCUGGUGAAAUAUGGGGCUUCAAUCCAAGCUAUAACAGAGUCUGGCCUCACACCAAUACAUGUGGCUGCCUUCAUGGGCCACUUGAACAUUGUCCUCCUUCUGCUGCAGAACGGAGCCUCUCCAGAUGUCACUAACAUUCGAGGAGAGACAGCACUUCACAUGGCGGCCCGGGCUGGGCAGGUGGAAGUGGUCCGAUGCCUUCUGAGAAACGGUGCCCUAGUGGACGCCAGAGCCAGGGAGGAACAGACGCCUUUACACAUUGCCUCUCGUCUGGGUAAGACAGAAAUUGUCCAGCUGCUUCUCCAACAUAUGGCUCAUCCAGAUGCGGCUACAACAAAUGGGUACACGCCACUACACAUCUCUGCCCGGGAAGGCCAGGUAGAUGUGGCGUCGGUCCUCCUGGAAGCAGGAGCAGCACACUCUCUAGCUACCAAGAAGGGUUUUACUCCACUGCAUGUAGCAGCCAAGUAUGGAAGCCUGGAUGUGGCAAAACUUCUCUUGCAACGCCGUGCUGCCGCAGACUCUGCAGGGAAGAACGGCCUUACCCCGCUCCAUGUUGCUGCCCAUUAUGACAACCAGAAGGUGGCGCUGCUGCUACUGGAGAAGGGUGCUUCCCCCCAUGCCACUGCGAAGAAUGGCUACACUCCUUUGCAUAUUGCUGCCAAGAAGAAUCAGAUGCAGAUAGCUUCCACACUCCUGAACUAUGGAGCUGAGACUAACAUAGUGACAAAGCAAGGAGUAACCCCGCUCCAUCUGGCCUCACAAGAGGGCCACACAGAUAUGGUCACCUUGCUUCUGGAGAAAGGAGCCAAUAUCCACACGUCAACCAAGAGUGGACUCACAUCCUUACACCUUGCAGCCCAGGAAGAUAAAGUAAAUGUUGCAGAUAUUCUUACCAAGCACGGGGCUGACCAGGAUGCUCAUACAAAGCUUGGUUACACCCCUUUAAUUGUGGCCUGUCACUAUGGCAAUGUGAAAAUGGUCAACUUUCUUCUGAAACAAGGAGCGAACGUUAAUGCAAAAACCAAGAAUGGCUACACACCUCUGCACCAGGCUGCACAGCAGGGCCACACCCACAUCAUCAACGUCCUUCUCCAGCAUGGGGCAAAGCCCAAUGCCACCACUGCGAAUGGUAACACAGCCCUGGCGAUUGCUAAGCGUCUGGGCUACAUCUCCGUGGUGGACACUCUGAAGGUUGUGACGGAGGAGGUCACCACCACGACCACAACUAUCACAGAAAAACACAAGUUAAAUGUUCCUGAGACGAUGACUGAGGUUCUUGAUGUUUCUGAUGAAGAGGGUGAUGACACGAUGACAGGUGAUGGGGGAGAAUACCUUAGGCCCGAGGAUCUCAAAGAACUAGGCGAUGACUCACUGCCCAGCAGCCAGUUCCUGGAUGGGAUGAAUUACCUGCGCUACAGCUUGGAGGGAGGACGGUCAGACAGCCUUCGAUCCUUCAGUUCCGACAGGUCUCACACUCUGAGCCAUGCGUCCUACCUGAGGGACAGUGCUAUGAUUGACGAUACAGUUGUGAUCCCCAGCCAUCAGGUAUCAACGCUAGCCAAGGAGGCAGAAAGGAAUUCUUAUCGUCUGAGCUGGGGCACUGAGAACUUGGACAACGUGGCUCUGUCUUCCAGUCCUAUUCAUUCAGGUUUCCUGGUUAGUUUUAUGGUGGAUGCUCGAGGUGGCGCCAUGCGUGGAUGCAGACAUAAUGGGCUCCGAAUCAUUAUCCCACCCCGGAAAUGCACAGCCCCAACUCGGGUCACCUGCCGCCUGGUGAAACGCCACAGACUGGCGACCAUGCCCCCCAUGGUAGAAGGAGAAGGCCUAGCCAGUCGCCUGAUUGAAGUCGGACCUUCUGGUGCUCAGUUCCUUGGUAAACUUCACCUGCCAACGGCUCCUCCCCCACUUAAUGAGGGAGAAAGUUUGGUCAGCCGCAUCCUUCAGCUGGGGCCUCCUGGAACCAAAUUCCUUGGGCCCGUGAUCGUGGAGAUACCUCACUUUGCGGCCCUUCGAGGAAAGGAGAGGGAGCUGGUGGUCUUGCGCAGUGAAAAUGGAGACAGCUGGAAAGAGCAUUUCUGUGAAUACACGGAAGAUGAACUGAAUGAAAUUCUUAAUGGCAUGGAUGAAGUGCUGGACAGCCCGGAAGACCUGGAAAAGAAGCGAAUCUGUCGCAUCAUCACUCGUGACUUCCCGCAGUACUUCGCAGUGGUGUCACGCAUCAAACAAGACAGCAACUUGAUUGGCCCAGAGGGAGGUGUGUUAAGUAGCACAGUGGUGCCGCAGGUGCAGGCUGUCUUCCCAGAGGGCGCACUGACCAAGCGCAUCCGUGUUGGCCUGCAGGCUCAACCUAUGCACAGUGAGUUGGUCAAGAAGAUCCUAGGCAACAAAGCAACCUUUAGCCCUAUAGUUACUUUGGAACCUAGAAGAAGAAAAUUUCAUAAGCCAAUUACCAUGACUAUUCCUGUCCCCAAAGCUUCAAGUGAUGUCAUGUUAAAUGGUUUUGGGGGUGAUGCACCAACCUUAAGAUUACUAUGCAGUAUCACAGGUGGAACCACGCCUGCGCAGUGGGAAGACAUCACAGGAACUACGCCACUAACAUUUGUCAAUGAAUGUGUUUCCUUUACAACCAACGUGUCUGCCAGGUUCUGGCUGAUAGAUUGUCGACAGAUUCAGGAAUCUGUUUCCUUUGCAUCACAAGUGUAUAGAGAAAUUAUCUGUGUACCUUAUAUGGCCAAAUUUGUAGUGUUUGCCAAAUCACAUGACCCCAUUGAAGCAAGAUUGCGAUGUUUCUGCAUGACUGAUGAUAAAGUGGAUAAGACCCUUGAACAACAAGAAAACUUCUCUGAGGUGGCCCGCAGCCGGGAUGUGGAGGUAUUAGAAGGAAAGCCCAUUUAUGUAGAUUGCUUUGGCAACUUGGUACCAUUAACGAAGAGUGGCCAACAUCAUAUAUUCAGUUUCUUUGCCUUCAAAGAAAACAGGCUUCCUCUCUUUGUCAAGGUACGUGAUACAACUCAGGAACCUUGCGGACGACUAUCAUUUAUGAAGGAACCAAAAUCUACAAGAGGACUAGUGCAUCAAGCGAUUUGCAACUUAAAUAUCACCUUGCCAAUUUAUACAAAGGAAUCAGAGUCAGAUCAAGAGCAGGAAGAAGAGAUCGGUAUGACAUCAGAGAAAAAUGAUGAGACAGAAUCUACAGAAACAUCUGUCCUGAAAAGUCACCUGGUUAAUGAAGCUCCUGUCCUAGCAAGUCCGGACUUACUCUCUGAAGUUUCUGAGAUGAAACAAGAUUUGAUCAAGAUGACCGCCAUCUUGACCACAGAUGUGUCUGAUAAGGCAGGUUCUGUAAAAGUGAAGGAGCUCUCGAAGGCUGCUGAGGAAGAGCCCGGAGAACCCUUUGAAAUUGUUGAAAGGGUUAAAGAGGACCUAGAGAAAGUGAAUGAAAUCCUGAGAAGUGGGACCUGCAUGGGGAGUGAGGGCAGAGUGCCGAGCACUUGGUCUGAGCGAGAACUAGUGGAAGAGGAGUGGGUUAUUGUCAGUGAUGAGGAAAUAGAAGAAGCAAAGCAAAAUGCACCUGCAGAAAUCACUGACCAUCCAUGUGUAGAAGUCAGGGUAGAUAGAGAGACCAGAGUCAAGGCAGAGAAAGAUGCAACUGGGCUAGUGAACUAUCUCACUGAGGACCUCAAGUCCUAUGUGUCUUCUCAAGAAGAGAAGCUACAAACUGUUCAAGAAAUGUCAGGAGAAAAAAAGGAGACCCCAGCUGUUGGGAAGAGCUCUGAAAAUAAAGGGAAGGUUGCUCCCUCAGAUGAGAAACAGAGCACACAGAAACAGCCCAAACCGAGCCUGGGAAUAAAGAAGCCAGUGCGAAGGAAAUUAAAAGAAAAGCAGAAGCAAAAGGAGGAAAGUUCACAGGAAAGUGAAGAAAAAACUGAACUUAAAAAAUGCAGUUCAGAAGAGUCAGAUGAAGACCGAGGCCUGGUCCCUGAACCUCUCCCCACUGCCAAAGCCACCUCUCCUCUGAUAGAAGAAACUCCCAUUGGUUCCAUAAAGGACAAAGUCAAGGCCCUCCAGAAGCGAGUAGAAGAUGAACAGAAAGGUCGAAGCAAGUUGCCCAUCAGAGUCAAAGGCAAAGAGGACAUGCCAAAAAAGACUAUGCCCAGACCACAUCCAGCUGCAUCACCCUCUCUGAAGUCAGAGAGGCAUGGGUCAGUAUCUCCUUCUUCUAAAGCAGAAAAACACUCUUCCCUUUCCUCCUCAGCAAAAACUGAGAGGCAUACGCCAGUGUCACCAUCAGGCAAAAUCGAGAAACACUCGCCUGUGUCACCUGCUGCCAAAACAGAGAGACAUUCACCUGUGUUGUCAAAUAAAGCUGAGAAACACUCACCUGUCUCACCUUCCACCAAGACCGAAAGAUACUCUCCAGUGUCUUCUACCAAAACAGAACGACACUCCCCUGUUUCACCUUCAGGCAAAGCAGAAAAACGCCCACCUGUAUCACCUUCUGGGAGAAUAGAAAAACACACUCCAGGGUCUCCAGGAAGACCAGAAAAACGCCUGCCUGUUUCACCUUCUGGAAGAACAGAAAAGCAACCAUCUAUGUCAACUGCUGGGAAAUCCGAGAGGCACCUGCCUGUGUCCCCUGGGAAAACAGAGAAGCAACCUCCUGUAUCCCCCACUUCAAAAACAGAACGCAUUGAGGAAACAAUGUCUGUUCGGGAGCUGAUGAGAGCUUUUCAGUCUGGACAGGACCCAUCUAAGCAUAAAACAGGACUCUUUGAGCACAAGUCAGUCAAACAGAAGCAGACACAAGAAAAGGGUAAAGCCCGAGUAGACAAAGAGAAAGGGCAGAUGGUAAACCACAGAGAAACGCAGAGAAUGGAUAGUCAGACGGGCAAGCGCAGCCAGAGAUUCCUGGUAACAGGUACUUCAGAAUCCAGGAGACAGUUCCGCUCUUCCACCACGAUCACCGUCGGGCUUAGAGAAAGGGAGAAGGCUCCCACCCUCAAAAUAUCUGAACCUGUUCAAUCAGCACCUGAAGAGGAAAACCAUAAAAUGGAUGAAAUCCCCAAAGAAAAGAUGGUAGAAGAGCAGAGAGACAUGGAUCUCCAGAUUAGCCCAGACAGGAAAACCUCCACGGACUUUUCUGAUGUCAUUAAGCAAGAGUUAGAGGACAAUGACAAAUACCAACAAUUCCGCCUGAGUGAAGAGACUGAAAAGGCACAGAUUCACCUAGACCAAGUACUCACGAGUCCUUUCAACACAACAUUUCCACUAGAUUACAUGAAAGAUGAAUUCCUCCCAGCCCUGUCUUUGCAAAGUGGUGCUUUGGAAGGCAGUUCUGAAAGCCUAAAGCAGGAUGGGAUAGCAGGCUCUCCAUGUGGCAGCCUGAUGGAAGGCACCCCACAGAUUAGUUCAGAAGAAAGCUACAAGCAUGAGGGCCUAGCGGAGACCCCUGAGACAAGUCCAGAAAGCCUUUCUUUCUCACCAAAGAAAAAUGAGGAGCAAAUUGGAGAGACAAAGGAAACCACUGUAGUAGAAACAUCCACAGAAAUUUGUUCUGCCGAAGAGCAUCCCACAACCAAAGACAUUACUGGUGGUUCUGACGAGCAAGGUGCUCCGGCUCCUGAGGGUUUAGAGCCCUCAACUGAGUGUUUUCAGAAAGAAAUCACCAAGGACUCAUGCAUCAAACAAAGUGAUUGCCUUACCAGCUCUAGUGUAUCAUUAGGAAAAGAAACAUGCCAGACAUUUACUGAGGAAGUGCCGUGUGAUGAACAUCAGGUCACAUUUUGUAGUUCAGCUUAUAAAACACAAGCUGAUAAUGAGGUUCAGGAAUCCACUACCACCUCAGAGGAAACAAAGGCCACCCCUCCGUCUGAUACUUCAGUAAAGACAGGUACAGGAACUGAAUCAAAGCCCCAAGGGGUCAUUAGAAGUCCCCAAGGGUUAGAACUUGCCCUCCCUAGCAGAGACAGUGAGGUCCUGAGCCCAAUGGCUGAUGAAUCAUUAGCAGUAAGCCACAAAGACUCUCUAGAAGCCAGCCCUGUGCUAGAAGAUAACUCCUCACACAAAACUCCUGAUUCUCUGGAACCUAGUCCAUUGAAAGAAUCCCCUUGCAGGGACUCUCUUGAAAGUAGCCCAGUCGAACCAAAGAUGAAGGCUGGGAUUCUCCCAAGUCACUUUCCUCUUCCUGCGGCUCUUGCCAAAACAGAACUCAUUACAGAAGUGGCCUCCAUGCGAUCCAGGCUGCUCCGAGACCCAGAUGGUAGUGCUGAGGAUGACAGUCUAGAGCAGACAUCACUCAUGGAGAGCUCAGGGAAGAGUCCUUUGUCCCCUGACACUCCCAGCUCUGAAGAAGUUAGCUAUGAGGUCACACCCAAAGCAGCAGAUGCAAGCGCACUCAUGCCAAAACCAGCUGUGAUUCAUGAAUGUGCAGAGGAGGAUGACUCAGAAAAUGGGGAGAAAAAGAGGUUCACACCUGAAGAGGAAAUGUUCAAAAUGGUAACCAAAAUUAAAAUGUUCGAUGAACUUGAACAAGAAGCAAAGCAGAAAAGAGACUACAGAAAAGAACCCAAACACGAGGAAUCUUCGUCAGCCUCUGACCCAGAUGCCGACUGCUCAGGAGGCAUGGAUGAGCUGAAACCAAUGGAAAGCAUGCAGGGGGAAAGUGAUACCCCCAUGUUGGAGACAUCAGAGAGCAGAAAGGCUUCUUCCUCCUCAGAAAGUGAACCUGAGCUGACACAGCUGAAGAAAGGUGCUGACUCGGGCCUUUUACCAGAACCAGUUAUUCGAGUGCAACCUCCUUCCCCACUUCCAUCCAGCAUAGACUCCAACUCCAGCCCUGAAGAAGUACAAUUCCAGCCCAUAGUUUCCAAACAAUAUACUUUCAAAAUGAGUGAAGAUAUUCAGGAAGAGUCAGGUCACUUAGACAAAGAGAAAGAUUGUGGAUCCCAUUUAGCUGAAGAUGAUCCCACUAUUUCCACCAGUGGUGCUGAUAGGUCUUACAAUGGUCUGAACAGAGACACUAAUCAUCCAGGGACCUGUGAUGGCCACGGGUGUGAGGCUGUGAGUCCUAGCAACUCAGCUGCUCCUGUUUCCUUAGGUCUGCAGAGUUUGUCCAACGGUGAUGUUGAUGAGCAACCAGUUCUCCAUAGAGAAUCACUGUCUCCCCAGGACAAUCAUGAUAGUGACUCUAAAGAAGAGCUUGAUGUUUUGGGGGGGAGAUCACCACAGGUAGAUUACCCCAGUGAAAGUACUUCAUCCUCCUUGCCACAUUGUAAAGUAUCUGAAGGAAAAGACCUCGAAGAAGAAAUGGCCCUCACGUCUUCCACCAUAAAAGUUGAGGUCACAACAACUGAACAAACUUUGGAUAGCAUGUCCAAGGCCUGUAUGACUCAAGAGUCAUCCACUACAGCUCAAACAGAUAGAUUUUCCAUGAACAUUCCAGUUUCUGACUCUGUUGAGACUGAGGAAAUCCCUGAUCCUCAAGUCACAAGCCCUUAUGAAAAUGUCCCUUCUCAAUCUUUUCUCUCCAAUGAAUUCAGUGAAAUUCCAGGUGAUGUGAGUCAUACCACAAGCAUUCAUUCUUCUGAAGUGUAUUCGGUUACCAUCACAUCUGCUGUUGAAGAUGUAAUAGUGACAAGCUCCUCCAAUAGUAAUAUUUCAAGCAAAGAAUCUAACUUUGAGGAGCAGAGCCUAGAAACAGAGCCCAAACAAGAAAGUAGCUUGUGGGAAGUGGAAUCAGAGAGUGUUUCCUCAUCUCUAGAGUCCAAGACAGGAAAUACGUCAGUGGCUACUGGUGAGCGAAUAAGCAGAGUCAUCAUCACCAAGACCGAGGUGGAUUCUGAUUCCUGGAGUGAAAUCCGGGAAGAUGAUGAGGCUUUUGAAGCUCGUGUGAAAGAGGAGGAACAGAAGAUCUUUGGCUUAAUGGUAGAUAGACAAUCACAGGGUACCACCCCUGAUACCACUCCUGCUAGGACCCCAACUGAAGAGGGAACCCCAACAAGUGAGCAAAAUCCAUUUCUCUUUCAGGAAGGAAAAUUGUUUGAGAUGACCCGAAGUGGUGCUAUUGAUAUGACUAAAAGAUCCUAUGCAGAUGAAAGUUUUCACUUUUUCCAAAUGGGUCAAGAAUCCAGUGAAGAGAAUAUGUUAGAAGACACGAAAGAAGGGGGCACUGGGGCUGAGCCCUCACCACUGGAGACAAAAGAGUCACUAGCAGCUUCAGAAUCCAAAGAAGAACUGGAUGAUGAGGCAGAGUUACUUCCAGAUGAUCUGAGUGAAGUGGAGGAAAUGCUUGCUUCCGAUGCUCACCUUAGCUCCCCGGAGAGGACUUCAGCCUCCACUGAAAUGUCCACAGCAGAGGCUUUAGCAGCCACAGGCUUUCCCACCACGCAAAUGGGUGUGCCACCACCUCUGUCUGGUGUGAAUCAGAUACCUUGCCCUGACUCCCCCCAACCUGUUGUACAAGUUCAGUUAGACUUUUCUGCAGUCACCGGGUCUGUGUGUUCAGGCCGGGAUGAUGAUUCUCCUGAUUCUUCCCCAGAGGAACAGAAAUCCGUGAUUGAAAUCCCUACUGCACCCAUGGAGAAUGUGCCUUCCACUGAAAACCAAUCCAAAAUUCCCAUGCGGACUAUAUCCACUUCCACACUAGCCCCUCCAUCUGCGGAGGAUGAGGGGGCAUUCACAGAAGAUUUUCUCUCCAGGCUGGAUGAGGAAGAUAAGGAACAUGAAGCUAAACCAAAGUCCAAAAUCCCUGUGCAAGCAACCAUCCAAAGAGCGGAGCAGCAGCUCUCACAUCCAGUCGCAUCUCUCCCGCAGCCAGUGGUCCCCCAGGGGCAGCACAUGACAAGCAGAACACCAGAUAGUAGAAGCAAGUCUGAAUCCGAUGCCAGUCCUUCAGAUGUUAAGACCAAAUGCCCAGUAAAGGCCAGAAGUUACAUAGAGACCGAAGCAGAGAGCAGAGAGAGGGCAGAGGGCUUUGAGUCAGAAUCAGAAGGGGCCACAAAGCCAAAACUAUUUGCCUCUGGAUUGGCGGUUAAGGGCAGCAGUACCGCCCCUUCCUGCAGGGGUAGCAUGAGUCUCACAAGGGACAGCAAGGAGCAUUUCUUCGACCUUUACAGAAACUCCAUAGAGUUCUUUGAGGAAAUUAGUGAUGAGGCUUCCAAGUUGGUAGAUAGACUUACACAGUCAGAAAGGGAGCAGGAACCAGCUUCAGAUGAUGAAAGCAGUAGUGCCCUGGAAGUUUCAGUUAUUGAAAAUCUGCCACCUGUUGAGACGGAUCACUCAGUUCCUGAGGACAUCUUUGACACAAGGCCCAUCUGGGAUGAGUCCAUUGAGACUCUGAUUGAACGCAUCCCUGAUGAAAAUGGCCAUGACCGUACUGAAGAUCCUCAGGAUGAGCAGGAGCGGAUUGAAGAGAGGCUGGCCUACAUCGCCGAUCACCUUGGCUUCAGCUGGACAGAAUUAGCAAGAGAACUGGAUUUCACCGAGGAGCAAAUUCACCAAAUUCGGGUUGAGAAUCCCAACUCCCUUCAAGACCAGAGUCAUGCGCUACUGCAGUACUGGCUGGAAAGGGAUGGGAAGCAUGCUACAGAUACCAGCCUCAUUGAAUGCCUCACCAAGAUCAACCGCAUGGAUAUUGUGCAUCUAAUGGAGACCAAUCCAGAACCUCUUCAUGAGCGCAUCAGCCACAGCUAUGGAGAAAUAGAGCAGACCAUUGCACUGGACCACAGUGAAGGGUUCUCAGUACUUCAAGAAGAGCUCUGCACUGCCCAGGCCAAACAGAAAGAGGAUCAAGCUGUUUGUAAAGAGAGCGAGUCCAGUGAUCACCCACCCAUCGUCUCUGAAGAAGAUAUUUCUGUUGGCUAUUCCACUUUUCAGGAUUGCAUCCCCAAAACUGAUGGAGAAGGUUCAGUGACAGCACUCUCUCCCCAACUUCACAAGGAGCCAGUUCAACAUGAUUUCUCAGGGAAAAUGCAAGACCUACCUAAUGAUCAGCAGGAAUACUUCGUGACAACCCCAGGAGCAGAAGGGUCAGAGACACUAAAGGCCCCAGCUGUUUCUUGCGCUCCCAGCAAGACUCCUGAGGAGAUCAGUACUCCUCCUGAGGAAGAGAGGCCUUACCACCAGACCCCCACAUCCAACGAGCAGGGUGGCUCUCCCAUUGUCCAAGAACCCGAUGAGCACUUUGAGCCCAGAGAUGAGAGCUCCCCCAGGAAAACCAGCCUGGUGAUCAUGGAGUCUGCAGAUGAGCAGCCACAGGCCUCUGAAAGGCUCGAUGGAGAUAUAGCUUUUGAAAAGGGAGACGAUAUGCCUGACAUACCCCCAGAAACGGUCACAGAAGAAGAAUACACUGACGAGCAUGGACAUACUGUGGUGAAGAAGGUUACUAGGAAAAUCAUCAGACGGUACGUAUCCUCCGAUGGCACAGAGAAAGAGGAGAUUACAAUGCAGGGCACACCACAGGAGCCUAUCGACAUUGAAGCUGGGGACAACUAUUCCAAAGUCAUAAAGCGUGUCGUAUUGAAGAGUGACACCCAACAGUCAGAGGUAACUUUGUCUGAACCCAGCAUUUUGUCCAGUACCUCACAAUUCCAGGCUGAGCCAGUAGAAGGACGUAGAGUCAGCAAAGUUGUUAAAACAACUAUGGUACGUGGCGAGAGGAUGGAGAAACACCUGGGGGAUUCUAGCUUAGCCACUGAUCUUCCUUCAGCCAAAGAUGACUUUGAAGAGGACAACAAUGAGUAAAGCCAGUGCUCAGAAGAGGGCUGUGGUGAAGGACCGGCAGGGGAAACACAUCACCUUGGAGCACCUGGAGGAUGUACCAGAAGCACGCGCCCAGGAUGACCUCCAGCAUGACCUCCAGCAGCUCCUUCGUCAUUUCUGCAAGGAUGACUCGAAGCAAGAGGCCAAAUGAGGGGCUGCCCAGUUCCCACACUGGAAACUACACAUUCACUCAAUAUGCAACUUCCCUACCUUGCAGGAGAGACCUAAGUGGCCUAAUUAAUGGGAUCCCCUGACAUUUCUACUGUUAGCAAAUUAUAAGCAUUUUGUUUUCCCUUAACCCCAUCCUCUUUAUAAGCUAAUUUGUGACCAAAGAUAGCAUCCUUCAUUGUGGAUGCUGUAUCCACUUCUUUGUGCAUCCGUGCUAACCUGGGAACUGGCUGCCUCCCUUGUUCUUUGCUUCUGCACAAGCGCCAUGAAAACCCACAAAUCCGAAGAACUUCACCCACAGACCUCUUCGAGUGACAAAGAAAUCCUUCCAAAGGGAUAUCCAUGUACAAUGUAUAUAACUGAAAUGCUCAGAUGAACAACAGAGUCGACUUAAAACCACUGCCUGUCCUAAUUACACUGGGCAUCAUGGAAUAAACGCUCUAGAAAUUGCUGAACAAUGGUUAUUAAGAUAUUGCUAACACAAUCGAAUGAUACUACAGUUCUAUUACAGAAGAAGCACUUCAGACCUAUCAUUUUCUUAGAACACCCAGUGUAGCCAUUGCUCUUAAUUAAUGAUGGGUUAAUAAUUUUGGAGAAUGGUCUUCAGGAGUGAUUCCUGGUGUUGGUCAGCCAUGAUGGAUAGCUCUCCACCAGCCACUUGGAGGGAGGGAAGAAGGGAACAGAGGCAAAUAUUGAAACAAUGAGGUAUUCAGUUGCUAGACACUGCACCUGGUAGCAUUCUAGCAUCUUCAGGUCUUUUCAAUUUUGAACAUGUUGGCAGGGUAUUUUAAAAGCUAUAACUACUGUAGUUUUCCAGUUUUCAUUGCUGCUUUAGCAAACCAUGCUGUCUUACUGGUGGCACUCUCUGCUGGCCACUGCACUGUAGAUAAUUCAUUGGAAACAAGAGUUUACCUACAACACAAAAGGUUAAACACCUUCACCAUGUUGGAGUGGUUUCUUUUCUUUCUCCCCUGCCCCCAGGUUUAUAAUCUUCUCUAAUACUUGCAUGUGGCAUUAACUAAAAAAAAAAAAAAAAAAAAAAAAAAAAAGAAAAUCCACAGUAAAAGCCCUUCUUUUAAUCACAUCAAUUGGUUUUCUUCAUUCUUCUCCCCCUCAGUGAGCUCUUUCCACUUUCCAGCUAGAUCUGCCUUUCAGCUUGCAGACCAAGUUGAGAAAUCCUUGGAAAUUUUGGUUUUGGGUACAUUUUUUGGUUUAUUUAUUUGAAGCCCAAACUCCCUUGUAAUCUCAAGUGCAUUUGUGCACUUUUCUGUUUGUUUCAAAGGGGGGACUGUAGCCAUCCCAGUGAUUUCCACAUCCUGUUUCUAAUCCUCUAGUGGUUGAAGCUGUGUAGCAUUUUAACAUAUAUAUAUAUUCACAAAUAUAUUCAUAUAAACAGUAUACCUUUUGAAUCAGUUAUUUGUUAAAGAAAAGUAUAUACAAUGAAGAUGACAUUUAAAAACCCAGUCUAUCCUCCAGGGAUUGAAGUUUUUCCAAUUCUAUCUGCUCUUUUCCUGUUGUGCAAAACUGACUCAUUGCUCCAAAACUCAAAAACAAAUGUGGCAAACAAUGGCACUUCGUCAUUUCAAGUAACGUUGCCAAGAGAGAAAAUUUCCUGGGAGGGAGGUUUCCCAUAAGCCAAAUCUCCUGAGCCUGCAACGCUAGCACUUUCUGGCAGUUGGGUAGGAAUAAAGCAUUCUUUGGCAGCCAAAAUGAGAGGCCUGUGGUGAAACUUUCUGACACACCAUGGCCGUCUUGUUCAAACCUUCACUGGAGCUCAAGAAAAGCCGUUCUGUCAUGUUGUUUGCAGUGCAGAUGAUGUCUGUGUAGCAACAUAAUGGUUAUUCACCUUUUUUUUUUUUUUUUGGUUUUGAUUUUUGCUGUGUUAUCAGAAAACUUGAAUACUGUGAGAAGAAGUGAAUUUUCAGUUGACGAAUCAGCAUCUUGUUCCCAUGGUGAUAACACUAAUUGAAUAUAUCUAUGAGGGCAUGUAUUAGUUAAUGGAAAAAAAAAUACAACACUAACAAUACAUAGCUGCAAUGUUGUACAAUGGCUGAUUUAAUUAAAUAAAAUGUACAAGUGUUAAA